AUGAGGAUCGAGCAGAGCUACAUACAGCGCUGUAAGGCUGUUGCACAUGGCCUCCAAGCUCUGAUGGUCUUCAUCGCGGGCUGCAUAAUGCUGGCCGUUUUCACGAAAGAUGGCAGUACGGGCAGCCCGUCGAAAUAUUACUUCGCGAUGUGCUUCUUCACCAUCCCAGCGCUCAUCUAUCAAGUAAUGGUGCCGCUCUGGACCCGAGCCGUCAGAUUCGCAAACGCCUAUGCAUUCGCAGCGGUCGACAUCCUAUAUACAAUCUUCUGGUUCGCAGCCUUCAUCAGCGUCGCAACCUGGAACGCCGCCGGCAUCCGGCAAGGCGCAAAGGAUAGGAACAUUGACAAAGACUCCGGCAACUGUACCACCUUCGCCUAUGGCACAGAAGGCAAAUGCAAGCUCAGCCGAGCAACGGUAGGCUUCGGCGUAGUUAUCUUCCUCCUCUUCCUCCUCACCUCGGCCAUCUCAGCCUACUACCUCAUCAAGUUCCGCAAAGACGGCACCCUCCCCGUCCACGCGCACGGCGGCGCAACCAACAACCCCCAAACACUGGAGGCGGGCAACAAAGACGCGUGGUCCGCCAAUGUCGACGAUCCUGAGCACGAUGUCGAUGAGGGGACACAACCCCAGCGCAGCGGCAGUCGGGAAGACGACGAGUACGCCCUCCUCCACUCCACCGAAACUUAUGAGGGACAACAUCCCGGACGGCCGCUGAGCUGGGGCGAGGACCGGACGGGAAGCGUAGGCGAUUAUGGCAGAGACGAAGAGUACGGUGACGGGUAUGAGGGUUACAGGAAACAGAGCCCGCCUAGGACCGUGAGUCCAGGCGGGUAUGACGAGUACAGGAGAGGAAACUAUAGUUUCAGCGGUGGCAACGGAGCAGGCAAGUGA